UUUUUGACAAAGCGCAUACUAUUUUGCGUUACGGUUGGGUCAAUCGGUCCGGAUUCGUCUUCCACGUCCGAAAUCUUAAUUUUCCGAGAAUCUCUCGCGAGCCAAACCCAGAAAGAAGAAUUUUACAGCGAAAGUAUUCAGGUCGGAGAAGAAUCGGGAAGUUCAUUUCAAUCGCCAAACAUUCCAAUUAUACUCAAUUGUGUUUGUGUUCUAGCUGUGCGAGCUCUCAAAUAGUGGAAAAAAGAGGAAAUUCCUUGGCUUUUUUAAGCAAGUUGAACGGUCCGUUUAUAUUAAAAGACUAUUCGCCGAUUUUGCGGCCAGUGUAAUUGGCUAUGGCUCUAGACGAGGAUACGGAACAGGAAUCUGCGCCACAGAAGAAGAAACCACCAACUGAUGAUGAGAAGAGGAAAAGCAAAAUCGUGCCCGGGAGUUUGAUGAAAGCGCUGAUGAGGCCCGGUGGGGGGGAUUCAAGGCCUUCAGAUGGUGAUCAGGUCUUGUAUCAUUGUACCAUUCGAACGUUGGAUGGAGUUGUUGUUGAAUCUACUAGAUUUGAAAAUGGAGGCAAAGGUACCCCAAUAAGAAUUGUAUUGGGAAAAAGCAAGAUGAUAUUGGGAUUGCUAGAAGGUAUUCCAACGAUGUUGAAGGGUGAAGUUGCAAUGUUUAAGAUGAAGCCUCAAUUGCACUAUGGUGAGGAUGAGUGUCCAUUUUCAGCAUCUGAUAACUUUCCAAAGGAUGAUGAACUUCAUUUUGAGAUUGAGAUGAUAGAUUUUUUCAAAGCUAAGGUUGUUAGUGAUGAUCUGGGAGUUUUAAAGAAGGUGAUAAAUGAAGGGCAGGGUUGGGAAUCACCAAGAGAACCUUAUGAAGUAAAAGCCUGGAUUUCUGCAAAGACUGGUAAUGGGAAGUUAAUUCUGUCACACACACAGGGAGAACCACAUUUCUUUACUUUUGGAAAAUCAGAGGUACCUAAAGGUCUUGAGAUGGGAAUUGGAACAAUGACACGGGGAGAGAAGGCUAUAAUAUUUGUCACCAGUCAGUACUUAACUCCAUCGCCUUUGAUCCCCGUGAUAGAAGGUUUUGAAGAAGUUCAUUUUGAGGUGGAGCUUGUCCACUUCAUUCAGGUGCGGGACAUGCUUGGAGAUGGACGCCUAAUAAAACGUCGGAUUCGUGAUGGAAAAGGUGAAUUUCCAAUGGACUGCCCUCUUCAUGACAGUCUAUUACGAGUCCAUUACAAGGGCAUGCUUCUUAAUGAUGAGAAGAGGGUCUUUUACGAUACAAGAGUUGACAACAAUGGUCAGCCUUUGGAGUUCAGUUCUGGAGAAGGGCUUGUGCCUGAGGGAUUUGAAAUGGCUGUUCGUUUGAUGCUGCCUGGUGAGAUAGCUCUUGUCACAUGUCCACCUGAUUAUGCAUAUGACAAAUUCCCGAGGCCUGCUAAUGUUCCUGAAGCUGCUCACAUUGAAUGGGAAAUUGAACUUCUUGGUUUUGAGAUGCCAAAGGAUUGGACUGGUUUGAACUUCAAAAGUAUCAUGGAUGAAGCAGAGAAGAUCAGACACACGGGUAACAGGCUGUUCAAAGAAGGAAAGUUUGAACUUGCUAAAGCAAAGUAUGAUAAGGUGCUCCGGGAAUUUAAUCAUGUCAAUCCACAAGAUGAUGAUGAAGGGAAGGAGUUUGCAAAUACACGAAAUCUUUUGCAUCUGAAUGUGGCUGCUUGUCAGCUGAAACUUGGAGAAUGCAGAAAGUCCAUAGAGACAUGCAAUAAGGUCUUGGAUGCAAACCGUGCACAUGUGAAGGGUUUAUAUCGCCGUGGAAUGGCUUACAUGGAAGCUGGAGAUUUUGAGGAAGCAAGGGCUGAUUUCAAAAUGAUGAUGAAAAGUGACAAGUCAUCUGAAGCGGAGGCAACCGCUGCUCUUUUAAAACUCCAGCAGAAGGAGCAGGAAGUUGAAAGGAAGGCUCGGAAACAAUUUAAAGGUCUAUUUGACAAGAAGCCCGGGGAAAUUGCUGAGGUUGGAGAUAGAGAAGAAGAUCAUAAUACAGGUGAAAAGCAGAACAACAUUGACAAGGGGGAUUCAGAUGCGGAAAAUUCAGAUGAAUCACAUGAAGAUGCAGCCGAUGCACGUCAAAUGGGUUGGUUCUCCCACUUCUGGCCGACUGGUAGAAGACUAUUUUCAGGUCUUGGAUUGCAGAGAUGCACCAUUUUAUGAUUUGGAUGUCAAAAUAACAUCCUGGCCCGGUCAUGGUAAAUUAUGUCAUUCCCAGUCAUUGAGUGCGGUGGCAAUUUAUGUUUGGGUUGGUGGCCGGAGAAAGAAUCAGUUGUAACAAGCAUACAUGUACCAAGAAAUACAAAAUAGCAAAUGAAUGACCAUCUCUAAGGCACCUUUGAGAUUUA